ACAGCGCGCGUUAUUGUGUGGCAUCCCGCUUCGCCGUCGUGCACUCUGCGGCCGUUACAAACCUACAAACCUGUUUCCGUUCCCAGCUCUGAACAAUUGACGUCUUUUCUGGGCUGUAUGCGCGCACCAUGGCGGAAUACUUAGAAGACCCCUCACUUCUCACCAAAGAGAAGCUGAAAAACGAACUAAUAGCGAAUAAUAUAGCUCUCCCGAGCGGGCAGCAGCCCAAAGAUGUCUACGUGCAGCUGUACCUCAAGCACUUGAGCUCCCGCAACCGCGCCACCCCGGACUUCUCCAGUGACGAGGAGCGGGAGGCCACCCCGGUGCGGAGCCGAGGACGGCCGCCGGGACGGAAGGCAACAAAGAAGACAGAUAAACCAACUGUGGAAGGGAAGAACGAGUUGGACAUAACUUCUCUCAGUAACGAGGCUCUCCGGGAUGAACUGCAAAAAUAUGGAGUGAAAGCAGGUCCUAUUUUAGACAGUACACGAAAAGUGUAUGAGCAAAGGCUAUCAAAGUUGAAAGAGCAAGAAGAGGUGUCUGUAGCGCCCCCUGUAGCAGAGUUGUCAACUGCAGAUAACAAACAAAAUGGAAAUACGGAUUCUGGACACUACAGUGACAAUGAAGAGGCCAGGACAGAUCUGACAUUUGAGCCUAGAGAGCCACUGAGGAGUAAACCAAAGGCUCAAGUAACAUCUCGGUCCAAAAGGCAGGAACAAAAUGAGAGCAUGUCUGCUGAUGCCGUUUCUGAGCUUCCAAAGACGUUGGAGUCUGAAAAAGUUGGUCGACUGCUUGCUGUUUCUAAAGAGUCCACAAAAGUAACAAGAAGAACACCAAGGAAGAGGGUGGUAGCUGCAGAAGCUAUUGAUGAUGAACAUAACUCUGAGGCUGCACCUGUAGCCGAAACGGUAUUGGCUUCAAGCAACCAAACUCUAGCUAAUGCAGUGUUUUCUCAAUUUGAAUCCCGUCAGAUUGAUUAUCAGGUGAUUGAGAAUUUCAAGCAUGCAAACGCUUUGCGAUCAGUCAGUGAGUUCACAGAUUUGUCAAGAAGGACCCCAAAGAAACAGCUGAUCAGUGAAAAAGUCAUUGAUGUUCAAAAUGUUCGUCAUACAGAUCUAAGUGAUCUUCUGAACACAGCAGUGAUUGAGACUGUAGAAAAAUCAUUCAUUGAAGAAAGGCGGGAAGACCGAGAUCUUUUGAAGGAAAUGUUUCCAAAUGAGACUUCAACGCCUACAGGAAUAAGUGCAAGUUGUCGUAGGCCGAUCAAAGGAGCUGCAGGUCGACCUUUCAAUAUCCAAGAUUACAAAGAUUACAAAUUGGAGGAAAGUUAUUCUUCUUCUAAGUAUAUUUUAAAGCACCAACCAGUAGUUGAAGAGAAGACCACUAAAGGGAAAAGUGGACGGUCCAUCCCCAUUUGGAUAAAGCUUCUUAUAUUUCUCAUUUUGGCUGUGCUUGCAUUCUUUGUCUACCAAGCUAUGGAAACCAAUGAAGGGAAUCCUUUUGCGAAAUGGCUCCAGGGCAACCCAAAUAUAGGCAAAGAUGAAAACUGAUUUUCAGUAACUCAAUAUAUUUUUAACAGUCCUAAAUUCAAAAACUGCCAUUUGUCAAGAACCUGCAAAUAAUGUGACUACACUUCAGAAUAUCUGUACAUUAAUAAACAUGGUACAUAUGGACAUCUGCAAUUUAUUUACUGUGGAAGGCUAGAAGAGGACUGUGCCAUACUGUGUAAUGUUAUUUUUUAUUAGAUCGCGAGCAUUUUGUAGUAUUUCCUAUAUUUUUUUAACAGGAAUACUUUAGUUACAGGAAAUCAUAAGGUGAUGUGAAUUAUUUUCUUGAGUUCACUCAGCAACAGAUCAUUCUUCUAGGUAGCUGUGUGUGAAAUACUAGAAUCAGCUAACAGAGUGUAAAAUCAUGACGGGGAAUUGAUUUGUUAUAGCUCUGUAGUUUAGCCUGAUACAAUUACGCAGAUAACUACGAUAUAUAUUUUUUUUUUUAACGUUGUUGUGCUUUGUGUGUCAAAUCAAUUCCUUAAGUAUUCCUGCUGCAGAAAAGUUUCUUAUCUACUGUAUAUUACACCUGCCAAUUCAUUUGACAUAUGAUCUUACAAAAUAUCAUGCAAUUAAAUAAACUUUUUUUCUAUAUAUGCAUCGUCGGUGAAAUUCUGAGUAAAUAACUAGGAAAAUAUUUUCGGAAAAUAUUUUGCUUGCUUCAUGAAUAUCAUGUUUUCUGUUUAAAACAGUCUAUUCAAUUACACUGUGAAUAUUGUCAGGAACCAAUUGAUUGAUAUUCUUGUAAAUCUUUCAUAGAUAAAAAGCAAAUCUG